AUGAUGGGUUAUUCAUCUGAAUCUGAUAAGCGUAAGAAAUUAUCAGUAGAUCCCCAAAUCUGCAUCGUGUGCGAGUUCAGCGAUGCAACAUCCCAAGGCUACGACAUUGUAAUUGCACCAACAACAUCAUCGUCGUCGUCGUCGUCGUCGUCCCCCAACACUAUCACUAUCAGGCCUGCCCUCCGCCUCAAAAUCGACAUGGACACUCUAACCGGGUUUGCUUUCUGUGGUCUGGGUUCCACUCUCUAUAUGUUUGACUACAAACCCUCCACGUCAGCAUACAAGCUUGACCUGUCCCAGCACCUCGCUUCUGGGCGGCCCACCCGCACCGUGGAUCUGGGGAUUGCCGACCUCACCCUCGUGAGCUGUAUGUGCCACCCAAAGUACCUCGUCCAGGCCAUCCCCACACCCGAUGCCACAAAGAUCCUCGUCUUCUCACAACUCAUCGAAUUCAACGAAGACACGGGGUUCACCGGAGGCAACAAUUUCGAGCUCUACGAUCCCUCAACUGACACCUGGCUUCUGCUCCCGGGAAUCCAAGACGAUUAUUGCUUUGAUGAGGACCAUUACUUGGCCCACAUCAUGGACUAUGCUUUUGUGGAUGACACUACUUUCUUCAUUCAGACGGCCAGGAGUCUCUCAACCAAAAGCAAAAGAACCAUCUUCUGUCUCCAUCUCGACACUAUUGCUAGGGGCUGGCGGAGGCUGGACAACUAUUUUGGGGCCCACUCGGUUCUCAUGCGGCCGAGCUUCGGCCGUUUUCAUGUGAUUGAGGAAACGCUGUGCGUGACGCCCCAUCACAUUUACGAUCUGAGGAGGAGGAGGAGUAGUAGGAGGAGUAGGAGAGAUGAAGAAUCAUCUUUGGUCAACCUUGUGUUGGGGCCAUGUGCACCUGAUUUCCGCCCGUCCGCUGCUGAUUCUGUGUGGCUUCUUGAUGGCAAGCUGCAGGGCAAGUACACGUUUUGCACUUUGACGGCAGGGAUAAGGAGAAAAACCCGGGAACCUAAACUUGUAAUGGCUCUCCACCACUGUGAUGUUGCCGGCUAUAGAGAGGAUGGGGAACUCAGCAACAGCAUCUUGCCUGGGGAACGCUUUAACUUUUUUCCCCUCGGCCACAAGAAAUGUCGUACAUUUGAUCCCAUCCACUUCUUCACCAUCUCCAACUAA